CUCUAACAUGUCUGGACGAGGUAAAGGCGGGAAGGGUCUCGGCAAAGGCGGCGCUAAGCGCCACCGCAAAGUCCUCCGGGACAACAUCCAGGGCAUCACCAAGCCCGCCAUCCGCCGCCUGGCCCGGCGCGGAGGAGUGAAGCGCAUCUCCGGCCUCAUCUACGAGGAAACGCGCGGUGUGCUGAAGGUGUUCCUGGAGAACGUGAUCCGCGACGCCGUCACCUACACGGAGCACGCCAAGCGCAAGACGGUCACCGCCAUGGACGUGGUCUACGCGCUCAAGCGCCAGGGCCGCACCCUCUACGGCUUCGGCGCUGGUGUACUUGGUGACGGCCUUGGUGCCCUCGGACACGGCGUGCUUGGCCAGCUCCCCGGGCAGCAGCAGGCGCACGGCCGUCUGGAUCUCCCGGGACGUGAUGGUCGAGCGCUUGUUGUAAUGCGCCAGGCGCGAUGCCUCGCCCGCGAUCCGCUCGAAGAUGUCGUUCACGAACGAGUUCAUGAUGCCCAUGGCCUUGGACGAGAUGCCGGUGUCCGGGUGCACUUGCUUCAGCACCUUGUACACGUACACCGAGUAGCUCUCCUUGCGGCUGCGCUUGCGCUUCUUGCCGUCCUUCUUCUGCGCCUUGGUCACGGCCUUCUUGGAGCCCUUCUUCGGGGCGGGAGCGGAUUUGGCUGGCUCAGGCAUAUUUCCUAUAGCAAGAUAUUUACAAUGUCUGGACGCGGCAAACAGGGUGGCAAGGCUCGCGCCAAGGCCAAGACCCGCUCCUCCCGGGCCGGCCUCCAGUUCCCCGUGGGCCGCGUGCAUCGGCUGCUCCGCAAGGGCAACUACUCGGAGCGGGUGGGCGCCGGCGCCCCGGUGUACCUGGCGGCCGUGCUGGAGUACCUGACGGCCGAGAUCCUGGAGCUGGCAGGCAACGCGGCCCGCGACAACAAGAAGACGCGCAUCAUCCCGCGCCACCUGCAGCUGGCCAUCCGCAACGACGAGGAGCUCAACAAGCUGCUGGGCCGCGUGACCAUCGCGCAGGGCGGCGUCCUGCCCAACAUCCAGGCCGUGCUGCUGCCCAAGAAGACCGAAAGCAGCCACCACAAGGCCAAGGGAAACGGCUCGACACAAAACCCAGCUGCAAUGGCUCGCACUAAGCAGACCGCUCGCAAGUCCACCGGCGGCAAGGCCCCGCGCAAGCAGCUGGCCACCAAGGCCGCCCGCAAGAGCGCCCCGGCCACCGGUGGCGUGAAGAAGCCCCACCGCUACCGGCCCGGCACCGUGGCUCUGCGCGAGAUCCGGCGCUACCAGAAGUCGACCGAGCUGCUGAUCCGCAAGCUGCCGUUCCAGCGCCUGGUGCGCGAGAUCGCGCAGGACUUCAAGACCGACCUGCGCUUCCAGAGCUCUGCGGUCAUGGCCUUGCAGGAGGCCUGCGAGGCCUACCUUGUGGGUCUGUUUGAGGACACCAACCUGUGCGCCAUCCACGCUAAGCGUUGUGCAAAUAUGUCUGGACGCGGGAAAGGCGGCAAGGGUCUUGGCAAAGGCGGCGCCAAGCGCCACCGCAAAGUCCUCCGGGACAACAUCCAGGGCAUCACCAAGCCCGCCAUCCGCCGCCUGGCCCGGCGCGGAGGAGUGAAGCGCAUCUCCGGCCUCAUCUACGAGGAGACCCGCGGUGUGCUGAAGGUGUUCCUGGAGAACGUGAUCCGCGACGCCGUCACCUACACGGAGCACGCCAAGCGCAAGACCGUCACCGCCAUGGACGUGGUCUACGCGCUCAAGCGCCAGGGCCGCACCCUCUAUGGCUUCGGCGGUUAA